AUGGCUUUCCUAGCUGUAUACCGUCUGUAUUUGUAUCUCCAAUUUCUCAGCCCUUUUCGAUCACUCCCAACACCCGCGGUCCAUCGUCAACAUAUCUCUGCGGCGUAUACCUCGUGCAAUGUCCAGGAGCAGUGCCCCAUCAUUGUGGAACAGGCCUUGCGAAUGGCCAAGUCUAUGGAUACAGAAAACGAAGCGCCAGGACGCGUUUAUCUAUGGAGUAUUCUCAACAGAGCGGCCCUUGCCAUUUCCACUGGUAAAAAAGUGCUGGAAUGGUUCCCCUUUGGGAUCUCUCUAGGUACCUGCGUCAAGGCUUUGAUGUGCUGUGCCCUCCCCGAGUUUAUCCAAAUGAUGGUACAGCCCGAGGGAAACAUCUUCAGUGAUGAUGAAAGAGUCCAGCAGAGUGUGGGUUUCCUCCUUACCGGGUCUGCGACUCCCACAUUCACGAUGCAAUGUGCCCUGUUUGUCCGGAAUGAAGUACGCCCAUUCCUUCCAUCGCCUACUGUGACCCGGCAUGAUGAGUGGUCCCGUAAUUUCCUCAAGCGGCUGGACAACGGUCUGCCAAGCUUGCAGGCAUUCUGCAAUGAGGUAUUCCGGUGCGAUCCUGCGCUUUCAUUGACCGGCCGGGAAGCGUGCUGCGAUACCACUCUAGCGGAUGUCUACAUUCCAAAGGGAACGCUUGUUAUGCUGUCGCCUACGGUAGCGAACCAGAACCCCGAAUGGUGGGGACCAGAUGCGGCCGAUUUCAACCCUGCUCGAUGGCUAAACGGGGAUGGGUCCUGCCGACCGCGAUCCUGUAUUGGGCAAGAAAUAGGGCGGCUCGAGGUCAAGAUUAUGGUGGCGAUCAUGGUGGGCCAGUUUGAAAUGCAGCUGGCAGACGAGCAAAAGGGAACCUGUGAUGAUGUGGUAGUUCGCCUGCGGGAGCUGCAUGGCUGGUGA